UAUGCAGUGGGCGUUGAUGUAAAGUUUUUGUUUAUGAGAAGUGGUAGGAAUGGUAAAUAGUUACUGUGGCCCACCACUCGAUUGACACUCUUUGUUAUUAUGGCCUGACAAGCAAAUGUUAGAAGUUUGUGGGAAAGGGAGGAUUAUUUUUAUUAAAGAAAAGUCUACCUCUAUUGUAAAACUGUAUUUGUGGAAACUGAAAUUAUGACGAGAUGAGUAACAGACGUUGUGCUGCCAAGACUUGUUUUAAUUUGCAAGGAUGUCGUCCUAACCUAAAAUUUUUCCCAUUUCCUAAAGAUGAAACUGCGUGCAGGCAAUGGGUCACAAAUUGCGGUCGUACUGAUUUGUUUGAUAAGUCCAUAGAACAACUUUCCAAACUUUUGCUUUGUGCUGAUCACUUUGAACCUCAUUGGUUUUUAAAUCCAAAAUAUAAGACUGUGUUUGUUCGAACAGGGCAACCCAUACCUACUAUAUUUCACAACAAUUUGGCAGAUUUUGUUCCUAAGUCAUUGAAAAAGCAAUUUGAAUUGAAAUAUGCACCCAAAAAUGAAACUGGUGGGAUGGAGCCUUCGGAUGUGGAGAUCAAUUAUGAUAGUGGGCAAAGGAAUCCCAUGAUUUUAGAGAAUGCUCUGCUACCUAAGCAUGGUUGCCACAAAAUGUGCAGACUAUGUGCUUGUUUAGUGUAUGAAGACAAAUUGAUUUCCAUUUUUUCAGAAGAAGCAAAAAGAGAGACCUUACUUCUAAAAAUCAAUCGCUUAUUACCAGACAAGGUUGAAAUUGAUGAUGGUUUGCCACAUCAUGUCUGUGAAACAUGUAUAUCGAAAGUAAAUGAUUGUAAUCAUACAGUAGACACAUUUAUUGCUGCAGACAAAAAGUUAAGGGAUUUGUUCCAGAGUCCACAUCCAGCUGCACAGAGUUUAACUUAUAUCAAAUUAGAAGAGGCAAGUUAUAAAACAGAAUUUGUUUGCUAUUUUUAAACUUUACAUUUUCAUGGAUAAUUCAUGUACAAUAUUUUGAAAAAUGAAAUUCUCUGUUUUGCAUUGAAAAAUUGUAAUUUAUGUGUUGCAAUCUUGCUUGUAGCAAGCAAUUUACUAUUGAAGAAAAUAAUAUUAGAGCUCUUCAAUUGCAAAGAAUGGCAUUACCCUAAGACUCCAAGACACACAUUGUUGCCUCAGCUUGAAUUAUAUGUUAAUAAUAUUUUACAAUAAUCAUUAAAAUCUAUACAACUUAACAUUAAGUAAUUAAUAUUCAUAGGUUGUCCAGAAAGUAAAGAACGUUUUGUCAUAAUUAAAUAAAAACGAAAGAUAUCAACACAAAACUUAAUUUACGAAGUUACAAUAC